AGUGUUCAGCUUUCCACAGCUUUUUCAUGUGGAUAGCCACACAUCCUUUGUGGGUUUUAUUUUUUAAUGUUUAUUUGGUGGGGAUUCUCUCGUGGAGAUGAUAAAGAGAAAUAAGGUUAUUGGAUUUAUCUUAAAUACCAGUUACAAUUUUUGAUGCUCAGGUUGCAUAUGGGAAGAAGUCAGUGGCCCGGUCCUCAUGAAAAUCACUUCUUUCAGCUGGGGACAGAAUAGAAAGCAGUCUGCGGUCUUCUUGCCCUACCAUCAAGUCCAGCCCCACACUGUCCUCCAGUGGCUGGUAACUUGUGUCUUCUUUUUUACAGGGGACCUGCUAGGUCGUUCAGAUGUGUUUGGAAAAACUUCAUUAAGGAUCUGGAAUGUGACACGGAAGGACUCAGCCAUCUAUCGCUGUGAGGUCGUUGCUCUAAAUGACCGAAAAGAAAUUGAUGAGAUUACCAUCGAGUUAAUUGUGCAAGUGAAGCCAGUGACCCCUGUCUGCAGAGUCCCGAAAGCUGUGCCCGUAGGCAAGAUGGCGACACUGCUGUGCCAGGAGAGUGAGGGCUAUCCCCGGCCUCACUACAGCUGGUACCGCAACGACGUGCCACUGCCCACAGACUCCAGAGCCAAUCCCAGGUUCCACAAUUCCUCCUUCCUUGUGAACUCAGAGACAGGCACGCUGGUUUUCAAUGCUGUCCACAAGGAUGACUCUGGACAGUACUACUGCAUUGCUUCCAAUGAUGCAGGCGCAUCCAGGUGUGAGGGGCAGGACAUGGAAGUCUAUGAUCUGAACAUUGCUGGGAUUAUUGGGGGAGUCCUGGUUGUCCUCAUUGUUCUUGUUCUGAUCACAAUGGCCAUCUGCUGUGCAUACAGACGUGGCUGCUUCAUCAACAAUAAACAAGAUGGAGAAAGUUAUAAGAGUCCAGGGAAGCAUGAUGGAGUUAACUACAUUCGGACAAAUGAGGAGGGUGACUUCAGACAUAAAUCAUCCUUUGUUAUCUGAGACCUGCCGCCUGAGAGAAAGCACUUGCAGAUACCUCUAUUGGAGACAGGCCAAGGGCUGCUGGGAGCCCAGGGCGCCUGGACAGAGCGACCAGGCAGAAGCCUUUUGUUCUGGCCAAAGUUGAUUCCUUCCUUGCUCUUUAACAAGCCACAUGAAUAAAAGAAACCCUCCUGGAGAUGGGCCUAGUGACCUAGACCUUUGCUAGCCCGACGCCCUGAGCAGGGUUAGGAUGAUCUUCAAGGCCUUUUUGUCAUCGUUCUCUUGUUCUGGACUGGUUUUGCCCCAGGUGUUUAGCAGCCAGGACAACACUGGCUGUGAGACUCUGAGGGCUGGGCUGCGGCAGCAGCUGUGUGAGCACAUCUGGGACGUGCCCACGAAGGUUUUCAGGCAGUGCCUUGCUCCCUGGACCCUGACCCACCGUGUUGCCUCUGUUGACUGGCCCGUAGUUUCAUGUCCCUCCUGGAGAAUCUGUCUGGAUCAGCAUUUUAUAAAAACCCAAACCAGAAAGGUAAAAUUGCUUGCUGAAGAGAGAGAUCUUACCCAGAGAACUCUUGUUCCCAAGAGCCACCAAGAUUUAGAACCUGUGUCUUAAGCUAAGUCUGAAAUGGUACUGAAGUCUGCUUUUCUAUUGAUUUUGCUUAUUUUAUAAAAUUUUAACAUUCUAAAUUUUUGCUAAAGAUGUAUUUUGAUUAUUGAAGAUUUCUAUAUAAACUGUAAAUAUAUUGCCACACAGUGUUUCAAAACGUAUUUUUUUAAGAGUUCAACUUACAGCUAGAAGGCUUGGGCUACUAGUGUUCAAUACCAGUAAUAAAGUCUUUUAAGGAAUUCUCUUAA